ACUCCCACCACUGUCGCCAAUGAAACAACAUCAAAAAAUUAAACCGUCCAUCCAGUUUCCGAACGAAGUCAUCACUGGACGUACGCGUAUACAAGAAAGUUUUCGUUGUAUUUUCACCUCCAAUAGCGAAAUUGUGCGUUACAAAACGAUAUCGUCAUCAAAACAUUAUUACUUCAUUCAUCACGAGUUGAUUUUAAAGCAAAGGUUUAAUUAAGUGUCAUUAAUAUUGUAACAUUAAAGAUCAUUCGAUCGCGGUCAGAAAGUUACAUCCCAUUCGAAGUUGGAAAGUCUCAACAAGGCCGUUUUGUACAGCUUUUCUAACGUGGGACCGUUCGAGAAACCCGUACAAUGGCGUAAACUCAAAUUAGAAAAUCGCUAAACAAUUGGCGCGCAAAAACUCCGCCAUCUUGGGGAAUAAAAUGUGACGCAACGCCAUCUAGUGAACUGGUGAACUAAGUGAAAGUGGUCAAGAUGAAGUUGAACUUGUUCAAGCGAUCGAUGAUUUUCGCGACUUUUUUCGGGUCGUGUUUGUGUAUAGCGCUGAUAGUGGCAUCUUUGGGGACUACGCAUUGGAUAGAUGCGAGGGCGAGGCGGACGUCGAAUCCACUGGAUUCUGAGGGCAGGAUCAGCUUUGGGCUGUUUGAGGGGCAUAAGGAGCUCAACUUUGGAUAUGGGUGGAGGAGUCAUAAUUUUAGUGUAAAAGCGGGCACUCACCCAGCUCGGCGCUGGGCUUGGAUGGGUACAGCAGCUCAACUAGCAGCAGCACUAGUAUCAUGUGGUGGAGCCUGUGUUCUCGCCGCUUUAGGGUCUGCGGCGCGCACGCGAGCCAUGCCGCGCCCGCUCAUCAUCAGCAACUCGCUGGCAGUACUCUUCACCCUCGGCGCUAUUGCAGUAUGGCUGACGGAGUACUAUCUACGGUUGCAGCACAACGUGAUGUCAGACGAGGACCUGGCCAACACCUGGAGCUCUGACGGCACAGCUGACCUGGGGUUAUCCUUCUGGCUCGUGGUCGCCGCGUCCAUAUCGGCGUUUGUGAACAACGUGUGCAUCAUGGUCGCCAUGGCUGACGAGAGAGAUGCAGAUACUAUCGCUCCCGCUCUUGAGGAGAAGGUCAACGGGGCUAUCAUGCUAUAUUAACCCGCAGGUCUCAACUGUCGAAAGAAAUGAACAGGAACCAAUCCGUCCGUUGAAUCCACAUAAUUAAUGUUGGUAUACAAAACGUUUGCUUUAAAAUGAUCACUAAAAUUAGCUCAAAACAUGAAACUCCAUUAAUGUAGCUGUUUGUUUAAUGUAAGUUGUAGGUUUUGAAGGCUGAAUGUUAGAUAUAAGUUUGUCUAGUAAUUUAUAUUACAGUAACAUUUAGUAUUUUUAGCAACUUUUCGAUUUGUUUUUGGUACUUAAACUGACUAAGAAUCUCUAUAGGUAUUACUUUUCAAUGAGUAUUUUGUUAAAAAGACGCAUCUCAUAUACAUUCCGUCCAUUAGAACAUUAUCUUGUAUCUCACUUGUCUUAUCUUAAGUAUUUAGAGAAAUUAUUUAUGAAAAGGUUGAAAAUAUCUCCUUGGAUUUCAAAAGAAUAAAACUAUAAGUGGAUUGUUAUUAUAAUAAGCAAUUAGGUGUAUAUUGAAAAGUAAACGGAAUAUUUCGUUACAAAUCUAAUGUUGACUUCAUAUUUCAUGUAUAUACUACAUCGAAAGUGUAAACCAAACGAAUAAACCCAGCAAUGUGAAGAAAUCGGUGCAAAUUAUUAUAGGCGUGAUUUUGACUGCUGAACUAGAUGACGUUGCAAAGUGCCAUAUAUGUAGUUGGAAUUUUCUGAGGUGAUUUUUUGAGCUGAAACCCUUAAUCUGUUAAAUAAUGGUCGCAGUUAACCCAUUACCGCAUACGAAGCCAUAUAUGGCGGAUAUGAUAUUCAACUCUAUUGAUAACUAUUAAAGUUCAUAUUUCAACAAAUAUUUUUUAUUACAUGCGGCAAGGGGGUUAAGUUUGUAAUUCUUUUACACGAAAUGUAUAGUAUGCAUUUAUUGAGGUGAUUUUUUAAUCUGUUAAACACAUCGUAUUGUUUCUGUUAUGCAGCGGUGUGCUUCUGUUCCAAGAUAAGUUUUUACUGUUACAUGAAUUUGAACCAUAUAAAUAGGAUGGUAAAAUUGCUUUUUAAACGGGCUUGUUCCCGUUCGCUCAUGAAGAAACAGUAGCAAACCACUGCAUAACUGAAACAAUAGUAACUUUUGUUGAACAGAUUAAGGGUUUAAGCUCAAAAAAAUCACCUCAGAAAAUUCAUACUAUACAAUUCAUACCAUACAUUUCGUGUUAAAACAUUACAAACUUAACACUUCACACAUAUAGGUAAGGUUUAUUGUGGUCAUUGCAUUAUUGUGGUCGUUGGGGCUGCCUCGGUUUUGCAGUGCUUCUGGGAUGUUUGCGGAGGCACGAAUGGAUGAUUUCUACGCCAUUAUCAGAAAACGCACAGCAUCUCAGAUGCACCGAUUGAGGAACAGCUCCAACAGUUUUCUAACCGAAAUUGGCGAGAGGCUUGAUAAUCCUUUUUGUAAGUGUUGGGCCUCAAUGCAUGUCCCAAUCUACCGGAUGGAUAAAUGAGGUAUAAUAUUUUUAUGAAUUAAUUUAAUCUAAUUGUAAAUAAUGUAUGUACUUAAAUAUAAAUUGUUUUGUCAAUACUAACAUAGUGAUAAGUAAUAGUGUACCUAACAUAUGGAUCUUGGAUGUCCGAAAUAAAGUCUUAAUAAUAAUAAAAUAAUUGCAAAAAUGGAUUCUAAUAUAGUGGAAUUGUGGGUGAUUUCGGAAUGCCGACAGUUUGAAAUAUUCGGAAUUGUCCGAAUACGUAAGGUGUAUUCGGACAAUUCCGAAUAUUUCAAACGAAGUGUACGAGGCAGUACAGCGCCAUCCAGUUCAGUUGUCAAAAAUCCGCCUAUAAUAAUUUACAUUAAUUACUUUGUUCGUUCUGUCAGUCCAUUGUCUAUGUUUUAAGCAUAACAUACAGAACUGGUUAUGAUCUUUUGUAAGUUUUGAAGUCCCUGUUAUUUUAUUACGAAUGAUAUUAUGACUCCAGAAUCUCGAUAGGUUAUAGACGUUUCAAAAUUGAGGUGCUUAAUUUUUACAAAUUGUACAGUUACUCUCUAUUCGUAGGCAAGCUAUAACGUGGUAACGUGCUCCCCCCACACCCUUAGCUUGUAUCUUUCUUUUUCAUUCAUUGUUACACUCGUUGAAACAAAAAAAAACAACGGUAGUAGGUACGGAAAUAAAUAUGGAAAUAUUUUUGUGCUCCUUAUAUGUAUGCGUAUAACCUAUCUAUAGUUAUAUAAUAUCAUUGUUGAUUACCUCAAAUAUUUUAAGACAGGAAGUGUGUUUUGCAGAUGAAUUAAAAAUAAGUCAUCCAGAAAUUUGGCUCCAACUUAGUUUGUAGAGACAGUAUUUGUUUUUCUGCGUAUAUGUAACAGAUGCUCUGCUUGUAUCAUCAGAUGCUAACCUAACCAACCUAAACAUUUAAUGGUAUCAAAGAGAAUUAUUAAAGGCGUAUUAUUAAAGUAAAUUUUGUAGUCAACUAAAUUUACUUACCUUUCGACACAGGAUUAAAACUCUUAGAAUGACAUAUGGCUAUUUGACCCAUGUUCUUUCAUUGAUGUGUGUUAAAUAUCAAACGGUGUCGUCAUCUAAAUACUCGAGUAUAGGCCAAAGGUCGCCAUCUAUUCGAGCAAAAUUUAUUCUUGAUGUUUCGAGGCACGUUUUUUCGUUCACUUUAUUUAUCUUAUUGAUGGUAAGUAAAACAUACCUACCGUCAUUUAAACUUAAUGUUCGUAUUUGUAUCCGUCCAAAGUUAUAACUGUCAGAUAUUGACAAAACUCAUGACAAGUCUGCAUUAAACAGAAAGAAAGUAAAAGAUCUGAAAAACGAAUACCGCGACCACGGUCCUUUUUGUGUUCUUAAUUUUUGGAAGUCCAACAUGUGGCCUAGGUACUAAGUAAUAGUUGAAAUUUUCUGAGAUGAUUUUUUCGGCUUAAACCUUAAUUUGUUGAACAAAAGGCAUUGACUCUUUUAUGCAGCGGGGAUUGCCACCGAAUCCUUCGUACAAGCCCGUUUAAAAAGCAAUUUUAUUACCCUAUAUAUAUGGUUCAAGUUCAUGUUUAACAACAGAGAUAAUACAUUCAUCCUACACUACCCAAACGUUUUAUCUCCGAAUGAGCUGUUAUUUGAAUUUGAACCAUAUUAGUAGAAUAGUAAUAUUGCUUUUUAAACGCGCUUGUUCCUUCUCACUGAUGACGAAUUCUGUAGCUACUCGCACUGCAGAAAAGAAACAAUGCCUUUCGUUUAACAGAUCAAGGUCUAAGAGAAAAAAAUCACCUCAGAAAAUUUCAACUAUACUCCCUUCAUUAAAUCGGCUCAGAUGUUUCAAACGAGUCCGGAACGCUGCAGCUCGUAAGUUGAAAUGGAACUGCGCUGGUCGUCCAGUCGCGACUGGUGGGCCGAGACUACCGCAGAGCGGCGCCCGUCGGCGAUGGCGGGAUAACCUGGACUCCUUUCUGAAAGGCUGACCUGAUAUAGCACCAAACAGAAAAGAGUGGAAAAAGAACGAGGGCCUUUGCCUAGCAGCGGGUCACAGUAGACUUUUAAUAAUAGUUGACAAGUUUCGCACACACGACACAUACAUCACUCCACCAAUAUACAUCAUUUUUUGUCCCCGUUCUUUGCCACUCCUCACUAAGAGAGUCUGGGGUUCGCUGACAACCGUAUGUCAAGAAUUGGCGCAAACACUAGUUUGCGACUGCAUGUUACCUUCCAACAAGGGUUGCCGCUGCUACAAUCUUAAUCUUCGGCUUGGCUGGUAAAAAAAAUAUUCGGAAAGUUGCGAAUCUAAUUUACAUCCAAAAACAUAUUAUUGUUUAGAUAUAAGUAAUGACAAGUAUAUGCAGUAAUCAGAAAUACAUAAUACACACAAACAAGAAGGAAGGAAGAUAAAAUUAAUAAAUUAAAACCUAAGGCAAUUAAAAUUCAACUAAAUAUCCCCCCUCCCCCAAAUCCCCUGCUUCCGGCAUACACCCCAGAAUGCUGGCGGCGUUACCUAUUAUUUAGAUAUUAUGUAUGUUAAAUGUGUAGAUUUGUCAUGCAGUAUGUUAGUCAUAAUUUAUAUUAGUUGUGCCAUUAGAAUAAGUUUUAUGGACUUUUUUCUUAACUGUUAUGUAAUAAUUUUCCUUAAUUAAAUACUAAUGAUAUUUA